AUGCUACGUAAGACGGGAAGUUUGAAAGCCACCUGUGUUUUAUCGUGUAAAUUUAGUGUUACAAAGAACGCUGAAAUUGUGGAAGACAUUAAAUUUUUUAACACCAAAAAUCAAGUUAUCCUCCAACCAACGGACAUACAUGGGUGGUUCGAAGAAAAUGUCAAGCAAAAAGUGAUGGCUAAGGUGGAAGACUUCCAAGAAAAAGACUCAGGCUGGUCUUUGACUGAGAUAAUCAAUUUAACCGUAAACAUUAAUAAGUAUGUACCACUACAAGGAGGUGUAUUCACAUAUACACCACUACCCAAAGAUAUUCAAGAUAAGAAGGCCGUUGUCAACAUCUGUAACAACGACUCAUAUUGCUUGCUAAGGUCGGUCACCGCAGCCCUCUUUCCAGCGAACAAUAGCCAUCCCGACAGAGUCAGCUCUUACCCACAUUUCAGCUCAGUGCUACGGUACGAUGGUUUGAAUUUUCCAAUGUCCUUAGAUCAAAUUCCAAAAUUUGAAAAACUCAACGAUCUUUCGAUUAACGUCUACAGUAUCGAUUAUACUGACAAAAAACGAAUGAACAGUGAAAUUGUACCCGUUUAUUUAAGUCGAAGCAAGUCUGAUAAACCUGUAAUUCAUCUUUUAAUGUUAGAGACUGAAAUUGACAAUGAUGAUGAUGAUGAUGGUGAUGAUGGUAUGGAAAAUUACACAAAGAACAGAAGAAUACACCAUUUUGCAUGUAUUCGAAAUUUAUCACGAUUAACAAGAUCUCAAAUUUCUGGUCACCGUGCUCGUACUUGGUUAUGCGAUAGGUGUCUGUCACACUUUCAAUCUGAAAGAUGUUUGUUGAAGCACAAUGUAGAUUGCCUGAACUUGAACAAAAGCAAAGUUAUUUUACCGACCGAAGAGGACAAGAUUCUUAAAUUAAAAAAUUUCAAACAUAAAGAAACUGUUCCAUUCUGCAUUUAUGCAGAUCUAGAAUGUCUACGGCAACCCACUCUUAAAAGUCUUGGAGAAAACAGAACAAUUUAUCAGAAGCAUACGCCGUACAGUAUAGCCUAUUAUUACAUUGUGCGUUUAAUGAUUCAAUUUCAAAAUUCGAAAUUAAUCGUGGAGAGACUUGCAUUCAAUGUGUGUCACAUCUGUGAAAAACCGUUUACGCUCGAAGACGUCAAACAUCGUGAUCACUGCCAUUUCACUGGAAAGUAUCGUGGUGCUGCUCAUCGAGGCUGCAACCUGAAUUAUCAAAACUCACAUACAAUUCCUGUGAUAUUCCACAAUCUAUCGGGUUAUGAUUCCCAUUUUCUAAUUAAAUCGUUGGCUACAUCGUUCGAGGGCACAAUCCAGCUUCUACCCGUAAACAAAGAAAAGUACAUUUCUUUUACAAAAUAUGUGAAGGGAACAGAUAUAAAGUUUAGAUUCAUAGAUUCGUUCCGCUUCAUGCCCAGUAGUCUUGAGAAGUUAGCAACGUAUCUGGGUGAUGAUCAAAAAUCAAUUACACGAAAGUUUUGCCAUAAUUUAGAUAAAUUUCAGUUAUUGACUAGAAAAGGUGUUUUUCCGUAUGAGUAUAUCGAUAAUUGGGAGAAGCUUGAGGACAGACGAUUACCGACCAAACGACAAUUUUAUUCGAAAUUAAACGAUCGGGAUAUAUCAGACGACGACUAUGCACAUGCAUGUGAAGUUUGGCAAACUUUUAAGGUUCAAACUUUGGGAGAGUAUUCAGAUUUAUAUCUACAAACAGACGUAUUCUUACUAGCUGACGUUUUUCAAAAUUUUCGACAGAAUUGUUGGACAACUUACAAACUGGACCCAUUACAUUACUACACAGCGCCCGGUCUGUCGUUUGAUGCAAUGUUAAAGUGUACCGGCAUCGAGCUCGAGCUUCUCACUGAUAUAGAUAUGAUUAUGUUUAUAGAAAAAGGUAUCCGAGGUGGUGUGUCGCAGUGUUCGAACAGAUACGCAAAAUCCAACAACAGAUAUAUGGGAGAGGCAUUCGAUCCACAAGUCGAAGAAUCUUAUCUCAUGUACUUCGAUGUUAACAAUUUGUACGGUGCUAUGAGCUUUGCUCUGCCAUACAGUUCCUUCGAAUGGGUAUCAGACUUCAGACAAUGCGACGUUCUUACCAUCUCGGACGAUGCGGAGUUCGGUUACAUAUUAGAGAUAGAUUUGGAAUAUCCUGCGGAACUGCAUGAAAUGCAUAAAGAUUUACCACUGUGUCCGGAGCACUACAUACCUCCGAUCUCGAGUACAAAGUCUGAAGUUGGUUAA